GCCAAUAUAAAACUAGUAAAAAAAGAAAAAAAAGAAAUAAGAACAGACAACGGGGAAUCUCCAGUCAAACUCCCUUCUCAGAGGACGACCGGAUGGUGAUGAUCCGAUGAUGCUCUGUCCUCUCUUUCUUGUCAGAACAGUUCUCUCUCUAUACAGAAACACUUGAGAAACCCAAUUCGUUUCUGUUCUUUAACCAUGUCCGACUCCAACAUGAAGAUUUCGGCGCUGAUAUUGCUCCUCAGUGUGAUAACAACAACUUCAUCAGCGUCGUCGCCGGAUGUCCUUGACUCUCUGCUCGCCCGACUGGAGUCCAAAAGGGCAUCCCCAUCGGUUCAAGAAACGGCGGCCGAAGGCGUUCUUAAGAGAUUGCUUCCUUUCCAUUCACAGAGCUUCCAAUUCAAGAUCGUACCCAAGCUUUGCCUAUCAGGAUGUUUGUGGUGGAACGAACUGCUUUUUGAUUGAAAAUUACGAGGAGAAUGAUGGACCUGAGAUAAUGAUUAAAGGUACCACAGCAGUUGAAUUAGCAUCUGGCUUGCAUUGGUACUUGAAGUAUUGGUGUGAUGCUCAUGUUUCCUGGGACAAGACUGGUGGCAUACAGGUAGCUUCUGUUCCUAAGACAGGAUCCAUGCCUAGGCUGACGCACAAUGGUGUGAUGAUUCAGCGACCCGUCCCAUGGAACUAUUACCAAAAUGCUGUUACAUCAAGUUAUUCUUAUGUCUGGUGGAAUUGGAGUAGAUGGGAAAAAGAGAUAGACUGGAUGGCUUUGCAAGGAGUUAACCUACCAUUGGCCUUUACUGGACAAGAAGCCAUUUGGCAAAAAGUUUUCAUGGAUUUCAAUAUCAGCAAGGAUGAACUAAAUGACUUUUUUGGUGGACCUGCGUUUCUUGCAUGGGCUCGCAUGGGAAACUUGCAUGGGUGGGGUGGCCCAUUAUCACAGAACUGGUUGGAUCAACAGCUGAACUUGCAGAAACAGAUAUUGUCUCGGAUGUCAGAGCUAGGCAUGGUUCCAGUUCUUCCAUCCUUCUCUGGGAAUGUUCCGGAAGCAUUGAAGAAGAUACAUCCUUCAGCUAAUAUAACUAGACUUGGGGACUGGAAUACUGUUGAUGGUAAUCCAAAGUGGUGCUGUACCUACCUUCUUGAUCCUUGUGAUCCUUUAUUUGUUGAAAUUGGGGAGGCUUUUGUCAGCAGACAAAUUAAAGAGUAUGGGGAUGUGACAGACAUCUAUAACUGUGAUACAUUUAAUGAGAACUCCCCGCCUUCAAAUGAUCCAACAUACAUCUCAAUGCUUGGUGCUGCAGUCUAUAGAGCUAUGUCACAGGGAGACAAAGAUGCAGUGUGGUUAAUGCAAGGUUGGCUCUUUUCUUCAGACUCUGCCUUUUGGAAACCACCUCAAAAGAAGGCACUUCUGCAUUCUGUUCCAGUUGGUAAAAUGAUAGUUCUUGACCUAUUUGCUGAUGUCAAACCAAUAUGGGAAACUUCUGCUCAGUUCUAUGGUACUCCUUAUGUCUGGUGUCUUUUACAUAAUUUUGGUGGAAAUAUCGAAAUGUACGGCGUAUUGGAUGUCAUAUCAUCAGGCCCAGUUGACGCUCGCAUCAGUGAUAAUUCAACUAUGGUAGGUGUUGGCAUGUGUAUGGAGGGCAUUGAACAAAAUCCCGUUGUUUACGAGUUGAUGUCGGAAAUGGCAUUUCGGAGUGAAAAAAUUCUUGUUGUGGAGUGGCUGAAGGCUUACUCUCGAAGACGCUAUGGUAAGACGGUCCAUCAAGUUGAGGCAGCUUGGGAAAUACUUUAUCACACUAUCUACAAUUGUACAGAUGGAAUUGCUGACCAUAAUACAGAUUUCAUAGUCAAGUUUCCGGACUGGGAUCCAUCAACAAUCUCGGCAUCUAGCUUUGGAAAGCAAGAGAAAAUGCUAUUGCCCAUUAAUCUGCCCCCUGCUAGAAGAUUUUUGUUUCAAGUGAUGGGCUCUGACUUUCCUCAGGCACAUUUGUGGUAUUCUACUCAUUACGUGGUUGAUGCUUUGGAGCUUUUCCUUGACGCUGGGAAUCAUCUCAAGGAAAGUCUACCAUUUAGGUAUGACUUGGUCGACUUAACACGGCAAGUACUAUCAAAGCUAGCAAAUAAGGUAUAUGUGGAUGCUGUGACUGCUUUUCAGCAGAAGGAUGCUAAAGCUCUGCAUUUUCACAGCAAAAAAUUUCUCCAACUUAUAAAGGAUAUCGAUUUGCUGCUUGCAUGUGAUGAUAAUUUUCUUCUUGGGACAUGGCUUGAAAGCGCCAAAGCAUUAGCAGUGACUCCUAGUGAGAUGAGGCAGUAUGAAUGGAAUGCGAGGACCCAAGUCACUAUGUGGUAUGAUAACAAUCAAACAGUUCAGAGCAAGCUUCAUGAUUAUGCAAACAAGUUCUGGAGUGGUCUCCUGGAAGACUAUUACCUGCCACGAGCGUCAAGCUACUUUUCUUAUUUAACCAAAAGCUUGAGAGAGAAUGAGAAAUUCGAGUUAGAGGAGUGGAGAAAAGAGUGGAUAUCAUACUCAAACAACUGGCAAUCAGAAACACAAAUUUACGCAGUGAAGGCAAAAGGAGAUGCCCUUGAAAUUGCCAAAACAUUGUACAAGAACUAUUUCGGUUAGCAAUCCAAUGGUCCAGCCUAUCCUCUCUUCUUAGAUUGCUCAUCUAGUUUACCAUUUCUCUGUAACUUUCUGCGUCAGCCCGAGAGAAGCUUCUCUGUAACUUUUUGCCAGUUGACUUGAUUGAAGAUGUUCUGAAUCUAAUAAAAUACUUUUU